UAAUAAACAUCCAGCUUCUAGAUAUUUCGAGAAACAGAUUGAAUGGUUCCAUACCAUCAUGCCUCAGCAAUACAUCAUUUGUUACAGGGAAGAAAUGUACAUCAUAUGAUUAUGAUUUUGGCAUUUCUUUCCCUUCUGAUGUCUUUGAUGGUUUUUCUCUGCAACAAGACAUCUCUUCCACACAAAAUUCCAGUAGAUAUUUCAAGUCUCUGCUCAUGCUUGAUCCGUUUAGUAUGGACUACAACGCAAGCACUCAGACAAAGAUCGAGUUUGCAACGAAGUACAGAUAUGAUUCCUACAUGGGUAAAAACCUCAAGCUAUUGUAUGGGUUGGAUCUCUCGGAAAACGAGCUGAGUGGUGAGAUCCCAGCUGAGUUUGGAGAGCUUAUGGAACUAAGAGCUUUUAACCUUUCUCACAACAAUUUAUCAGGUGCUAUACCAGAGAGCUUUUCAGGUAUGAAGAAUGUGGAGAGUCUUGAUAUUUCUUUCAAUAGAUUACAAGGCCGGAUCCCACCAGAACUGACACAGCUGAGCACCCUCUCGGUCUUCAAGGUCUCGUACAACAACUUAUCAGGAGCUAUUCCACAAGGGAGGCAGUUUAACACUUUUGACACACAAAGCUUUGUAGGUAAUAAUCUUCUUUGUGGACAACCAACAAGCAGAAGCUGCAACAGUGGUACGUUUCAAGAACCAGAUAGUGGAGUGGAAGAUGAUGAUGAAUCUGCAAUCGACAUGGAGUCUUUCUACUGGAGUUUUGCUGCAGUCUAUGUGACCAUGCUUGUUGGAUUAUUUGCGUCUCUAUCUUUUGAUUCUCCUUGGAGCAGAUUUUGGUUUCACAUGGUGGAUGCUUUCAUUAACAAGGUGAAGAAUCUUUUGUAGUACAAAACUUUAAAUUCUCUAGAUAUGGGGCUGUUCUUCAAAAAGCCUCCUUUACAUAUGUACUAAAACCA